GGAGCUCUUUAUGCUGUACAUGUAGUGUAAUGGCUGCCUGCUGAAACGCAAAGACUUGCACGUCAUCUUGGAUUUCUGUCACUGUACUGAAGUUGGAUAUUUAUUGGAUAUUUGAAAGAGUUAACCCUGAUCUAUCAUGGAUGAAUAUGUGGAUCCCAUGCAGGAGCGGGAGGAGCAGUUGAAGCUCCUGCAGUCAUAUAUAGGAGAAGCGGAGGAUCACAUGAGAAAGAGAGAUUACAGACGUGCCAUGGAGGGCUAUAAUUUAGCCUUAGAAAUAGAACCCACAGACAAGAACUGCUUGGUUGCCAGAUCUAAGUGCUACCUUCAACUCGGUGAUUCCAAGCAAGCAUUGAAAGAUGCGGAGGCAGCACUCUCAGAUGAUAAAAACUAUAUUAAGGGUUUAUUUCAGAAGGCUGAAGCCCUUUAUCAGAUGGGAGACUUUGAGAUGGCCCUUGUCUUUUAUCACCGCGGCAAUAAAUUUAGACCUGAGCUCCAAGAAUUCCGUCUAGGCAUACAGAAAGCACAGGAAGCAAUUGAAAACUCAAUAGGAAGUCCUUCCAAAGUAAAGCUAGAAAACAAAGGGGAUUUGUCUUUUUUCAAUAAACAAGAUGAGGUAAAGUCGAAAAAACCAGCAAGGAUGGGAUACAGCAAACCUAUGGCAAAACAACAAGAAAACAAGAAGAAGAGACCGGUCAAACCUGAGCAGACUCCUGCUGAAAAGAAGACGGCCAAGCAACUUCUAGGAGAGCUCUAUGCUGAUAAGGAAUACCUUGAUAAACUUUUAAGAGACGAAGACCUAACGAGAGCAGAUACGGACAGCGGUAAUAGAAUCUACGACCUUGUCAAUGAGGGUCUUCAGUACCUCGACACAAGGACAGAGUUCUGGAGGCAACAGAAACCCAUGUAUGCCAGGAAGAGAGAAAAGGAAGAGGCCAAAGGAGCAAGAGAGAAAAAUAAACAACAACCAGCUGAUCCUGCCAAAUAUGUUCUUAAAAACCUUGAAGAAAUCGAUGCAGCUCUGGCUGAGAACAGACCCCGAGAUGCCCUCAGACAAGCCCAAAAGGUGCUGAGGAACGUUGAGAGUUGGUCAGAGGACGAUGUCCCAGAGAAGCAAGAUUUCAUAGCUAACCUUCACAGCUGUCUUGGUAAUGCCUACCUUGAUCUUGGUAAGAUGCCUGAUGCUGAACAGAACCACCAGAAAGACUUGGACCUCUCAACAAAACACGAAAACGAUGAGGGUAGAUCAAGAGCGCUUGACAACCUUGGUCGGGUCUAUGCCCGCAUCGGUAAGUUUGAGAAGGCUGUGGAGAACUGGACCGAGAAGCUACCGCUGGUGAAGUCUGCCCUUGAAGGCACAUGGUUGUACCAUGAGAUCGGGCGAUGUCAUCUGGAGCUAGGAGACUUUCAGGAAGCAAGGGAUUGCGGUCAGAAGAGUCUUCAGGCCGCCCAGGAAGCUGGGGAUGAUGUCUGGCAGCUCAACGCCAGCGUACUCAUUGCACAAUCAGAAGUCAAACUCGGAGACCUGCAAGAAGCCAUCGAUUCCUUUGAGAGAUCCCUUGACAUGGCUAAGGUCCAGGGAGAUGAGCCUGCACAGAAAGCCAUUGCCAGUGCCUUGGAGGACCUCAAUGAAAAGAUUGUUCAAGGGAUCAAGGAGAAGGAGGCUGAAGGAGACAUCUUACAAGAGGAAGAGGGAGGAGAGAAAGAGACGCAGGAGGAGAAGGAUGUUGAUGAAGCAAAGGAAGAAGAACAACAACAACAAUCCCGUCGUGACGAUGAUGAAGAAUUUGAACAGCAGAGGUCACUGGCUAAAGAGGAAACUUUCAAACCGAAAGAAGACGAUCAGGAGGAUAGCAAUCAGAAACAAGAUGAAACGGAACAGAAAGAAGAUGAGAAAGAUAAUAUUGAGCAACGUCAAGGCCAUGAUGGAUCGAGGUCCAGUAGUAGAUCUUCCAUGAGCAGUAAAAGCAGCAAGAGUAGCAAAAGCAGCAAGAGUGGAUCUGGUUUCUUUGGCCUUCGCAGGAGUUCAUCACGCAACAGUGAGAAAGAUGAGAAGAAAUAGAAAGGUGAUGAUCAUAUCCAUGAGGAGCCAGUAGAAGAAAAGACGGAUGAGGCAGAAGAGCAAAAGGAAGAAUAAGAAAUCAAAUGAUUGGAAUUGAUCAGAUUAUGUUCAAAACAUUCCUGGAUCUUCAUCAUGCUGAUUGAAGAUCUAGAAAAAAUAGAUCUUAUUUCAAGGCACAAACCAUUUGGAGAAUCUAGAAGAAAUUAUGAACUUUCUAUUGCAAAAGGAGAAGAAAAAACAACAGCAAUCCAAGUGUGAUAUCUGAUGAAAAUUGAAUGUUAUAUAUGCAAUUCAUUCACUCUAUGUUGGGAUCUCAUAUAGGAAACAUCUCUGAUUUUGCACGAUUUGGAAUGAUUUAAUACUAGUGAAUUAGUAAAUGAAACUGGAGAUAUUUCUUGUUGUAUGAUUUCAUUUUACAUGUUAUACUAAAAAAUUUUCACAUUCAACCAGUCUGCCUGAGUUCUGUUUAACUUUUACAUGAUCAUGUUCUUCAAACUUCUGUAGGUACUAUUUUCAUUGCCGUACAUUGGAUUUUUUUGGAAGGGGGGGGGGGCAAGAAGAAUAUCUAAAUUGUGCAAGAGCAUUUGUGAGGGAGAGGAGAACCCUGGGACUGUUUCAUAAAGCCUUAUAGCAACUAUAUAACACACAAUUUCUGUAGCAAGUUUACUAUCAGCCAAUGAAAUUGAAUACUUUUAGUA